CCAGACCCAGUGCUAGCACAUCCUUGUCCCUCAUGGGCACUGGUGGAGCAAAGCCAGACAAAGCCCCUCAAGCCACUGAUGCACCAAUAUCUCCCCUCAGUGCAUAUGGCACUGGGACUGGGCCAACUGCUUAUUCAUCCUCCCUCGUUAGCAACACUCCAAUUAGUGAAGCAGGGAUGGGAGCAGCAUCGCUGGGCAGUGGCAAUGCCACCACAGUGCUGCAGGACACCGGAGCCACCCCCGUUGUGCCUGAUGCAAUUUCCAGCCGCAGCCAGCCUGGUCCUACCUCGGGCUCAGCACCCCCAGAAACCGGUGUCACCCCUGGACUUGCACCAGCCCCACCGCUCCAGGCUGGGCCGCGACAUGGGGCAGCUCCAGGGACAGAGAUGUGGUCACCCAGCGCUGCACCAGGCACAGGCACGGCUGUGCCGGACACCCCGGGGGUACCCAGAACAGCCAGCGUCCCCAUGGCAACGCGAGCAGGCGUCCCCCCUCUCCUGGAAGGCAGUGCCACUGCAGGGAUGGUGUCCGCAGCCAGCGUCCCCCAAGAGACGACAGCAGGCAUGUCCCCCCUGUCCCCGGCCACCCCACCGCCAGCAAUGCCUGCUUCGGGUAUCCUCCUCUCCAAUGACAGAACCACGGGGCAAGCUGUGGGGACGGCAUCCCUGGAGGUGGGCACGGAGGAGAGCCUGGGUGCCCGUGCGGCGGGACCAGCUCCCAGCCACGCGAUCGUCACCGCCGGACCAUCACCAGAGCCAUCUGCCCGAGGGACUGGCACUCCCAAAAGCAGGCCCCCACUGGAUCUGCCUCUCCUGGCUCCCAGGGAGGGUCGCUCAGCCCCACCGGCUGUGGCCAGCCCCCUCCCCAAUGCCACCACUGGUAAGACACCCCAGCCCAUGACACUGCUGCCCCCCAAAAACGCAGCAGUGGAGGGAGGCGGGGGCGGGUCCCAGCCAGCAGGAGAUGGCAGCACCACACAGGCGGCUCCAGGCUCAACCCCGGUUGAAAUCACAAGGUUGGAUGCCAUUACAGGUACCCACCACAGCGGUGACACCGCCCUGGGGGCAGCCCCACCAGUGUCACCCCCCACCACAGCCAGCGUCGCUGCUCGGCCGAGCACGGCUGCAUCAGGCCACAGCUACCGCGCUGCUGAGCCCACCACGGGCACGGACACGGACACGGGCAUGGACUUGGACAUGGACACGGACAGGGCUUCUCCCACAACGGGGAAUGGGGCUGCGGGGCUGCCCCUGGCAUUGCCCACUCCUACAGCUGGGGUGGCUGAGCCAGGCACCGGUGGUGCCACCCCGUUGGCCCGCUCUGCCCUGGGCAGCAGAAGCCCUACAGCAGUGGCCAUCACGGGCACAGCGUCACCCACAGACCUGGAGCCAGUUUUAGCACCUUCCUCCGGCCUCGCUCACAGCACUGCUGAGCCAAACGACAGUGUGCCCCCUCCUGUCCCCAGGAACACCCAUCCAAUGGCGGUGCCAACCUCCGUCACCCUCAGCAUCACUGUCACUGGUUCAGCAACAGGAGCAGGAGAUGCCAGUCUUAACAGGGUCACAACACCCUCCACUGCUGUUCCCAGCAGUGCCUCAGCUCCACACAGCUCCCGUGUCACCCUGAGGCCAUCCUCUGAGGCUAUCGAUAGCACCCACGACGCAGCUUCGAGGGCUCACAGCCUGGUUGUGGAGGACGAGCCCAUGGCUGGGGUCUCCUCGCUGGCUGUUGGCCGCACACACACAUGGGAGGCUACAGCCGUGUCCUGGUCAGGUGCUGGGGGUACCAUCACCCAGGUGGACACCACCCACUCGGAGAACAGUGCUGAGGGUGCAGCACCCCCAGCCAGCACCACUGGCACCCCCAUGCCCUUCUCCAACACCGCUGGCACAAGCCCAGCCACCACGCCAGACUUCAGCAUGUUCCACAGCACCACCAUUCCACCAGCCACCUCAGCCAGCGGGGAGACCUUCAUGGUAACCAGGGCCACCACAGCCAUGUCAUCUGCCACAGCGAAGGCCACCAGCACCAGCAGUGCCCUGUCCCUUGCUGUAACACACGACGAGGCAAGCGGAGGCAGGAAACCCAUCCUGUCCCCAGCAGCACGUACCUCCUCGGUGGAGACAACGGUUGAGUCCUGGGAUGUCCUCAGUCCCAGCCCUGCCAUCACGGUGCCCGGUUCACCCCUCCCCAGCCCGCACAGCCCAGCGGAGGAGCCAGCAACAGCCCCCUCAUCUCUGUUCGGUGUUGGUGUAACUGGGCAGCCGGCAGUUGGACAGACACCCCCUGAGCUGGCAACAGGCACCACUUCUCCCACGGCCAUCGGCAACUAUGAGAUGGGACAGGCAGCCAGCACGUCACCUCCCAGCUUCUGGGCAUCUGCAGGGGCACCUGCCUGGGGAGAGAAAACAGCCAUCGCUGCAGGGAGCACCACAGGCAGCGCUGCAGGGAGCACUGCAGGCAGCACCGCAGGCAGCACCGCAGGCAGCACCACGGCCAUCGCCGCAGGCAGCACCGCAGCAAUCACUGCAGGCAGCACUGCAGCAAUAACCACAGCCAUCACUGCAGCCAGCACUGCAGGCAGCACCGCAGGCAGCACCACGGCCAUCUCCGCAGGCAGCACUGCAGGCAGCACCGCAGCAAUCACUGCAGCCAUCACUGCAGGCAGCACUGCAGGCAGCACCACAACCAUCACUGCAGCCAUCACUGCAGGCAGCACCGCAGGCAGCGCCGCGGCUGUUGCACCCACAGCCCCAGUGGGCCCAGCCAAGGAGACGGGAGCUCUCUCAACCCCAGGCACCACGGCACGGGGGAGGCCACCUGCCACCACCAGCCCUGCCACCGCCCCAGCUCCUGCCUUUGGGACACAGAGGGAACCGGCCGCAACACCACACACAGCUGCCCACACCACUGCUGGACACAGAAAUCCUGCCCCUGACCCCCAACCCACCCAGGGGCUUAUCAUGCCAGCAGCCUCACUCUACCCCUUCGGCACAGAGGGAGGGGACCAAGAGUGCAUCCAGAGGACAGUGGAUUUUAACUCCCCCCUGUUCAAGCCAGAGAUUGGAUUCCCCUUUGGGAAGUCGCUGCGCGAUGCUCUCUAUUUUACAGAUAACGGACAGAUCAUUUUCCCACCCACGGACAACUACGUUCCCUCCAACCCCAACCCACCUCCCCUGGGCUUCAGCGGCCGGGAGAGUUUGCCAAUGGUGGCUGCCUUUUGGGAUGAUGCAGAUUUCUCCCAGGGUGUCGGCACCACCUGGUACCAGGAGUACUCCACCCUCAGCUCUACCCAAGACCCCCUCGUCCGUGACGUGGAAGCAAAGAUUGAGAAAUACCUGAAAACCCCCUACGUAGCAAAAUGGACCUUGAAGGUGACAUGGGAGAAGGCUCCAGCAUACCCAUCCCGGUGGGAUGACACUCAGACGAGCACCUACCAGGCGGUCCUCACCACCGAUGGGAACUGUUCCUUCGCCCUGCUGCUCUACCAGGACGGCGGGAUGCGGUGGGAUUAUGCCAGGCUGGCUGCAGGCAACGUGCUGAUCGGCUUCUCCAGCGGCGAUGGCUAUGCCAAAAAUAAUGAGCUGACUCAAGAGCCGCCAGCUGUCAAGUACCGACCCGACCAGCACAGGGGCGCUGGCACCGAUGUGCGCGGGCUGUGGAUAUACAGGCUGGACAGUCGCUCCCGGGUGAACUACAGGCUGCGGUGCCUGACGUGGCUGGACGCACAGCCAGCGCCGGCUGCCUGGAACAGCCGGCUGCCGCCAUGCCCCUGCUCCCAGCCCCAGGCAGAGCUGGACCCUCGCUACCGCCGGAGCAGAGGCCCAGCAGACACCUCCGUGAGGAUGCUGCGCGCUGCAUCCCCCAGCCCGGCCGGAGCCGGGGUGCGGUGUCUGUACCAAGACGGGAGCUUGCUCGAAGGCUGGCAGGAGAGAGCAUGGACCCUCCCCACCCGCCCCACCGCUGAUGGGGAGCUGGAGGCAUUCGACUGGUGCUGCCGGCGCGUAGGGAAGCCCCUGUUCUGUGCCAGGUUUGCUGAGAAGAGACCAAGGGUCGGCUGUGAGGGAUACGUGCCGCCCACCCCCGCUGGCGCUUUCGGGGACCCCCACAUCACCACCCUGGAUGGACUCACCUACACCUUCAACGGGCUCGGGGACUUUGUCCUGCUGCUGGCCAGUGAUGCCCGGACCAGCUUUGUGCUUCAUGGGCGCACAGCUCAGACUGGCACAGCCCAGGCCACUAACUUUGUGGCCUUCGCUGCCCAGUACAUCUCUGCCACCACCACAACAGUUGAGUGGAACUUGGGGAACCAGGGUGACAUCCAAGUCCUCCUGAACGAUGAAUCCAUCCAGUUUUCCUAUUCCCAAGACAUGGGUGCCGAGGUGUACUACAGUCCUGGUGUCCUGCUGAUCAAUGCCUCCUCUGUCACAGCCGUCUUCGAAGGGGCCAUUGCUGUCUCCAUCUCGGCCACCUCUGGGAUCCUCAGCAUGGUCUGCAGCCUUCCUGAUUUGUACCGCAACAGCACCAAGGGCCUCCUGGGUGUGUGGGACCACGACCCUGCGGAUGACUUCCAGAUGCCGAACGGUACCAGCAUCCCUGUGAACAGCAGUGAGGAGAAGAUCUACAACUACGGGAUGACCUGGGCUGUUGCAGAGCACAGCCUGUUUGCUCAGCCACUGGACUCACCAGUAAUGAACUUCACACCCAUCUUCUUGUCUCGGCUGCGGCAGGAGAAUGAAAGCCAGUACCGGCUGGCAGCCUCGCAGUGCCGAGGCAGCAAGGAGUGUAUCUACGAUUCACUGAGCACAGGGGAUGUGGCCCUGGGCCUGGCCACCCAGAGCCUCGCAGCUGACUUCCAGCAGAAGAAGGCAGUACUCGCUGCCUUCCCUCCCAUCAUCACUGGUGACGCGUCACUCACGGCCUUCAGGACAGAGAGGGUCAAGAGGCAGUACCGUGCCGUGGGGCUGGGCGCACGCUUUGUCCCCCACCUCUCGCCAGAGCUCAACAUAUCAGAGAGCGGAACGCUGACGUGGGAGCCCCACAGCACGGCCCCGCUCACCAUCAACCUGGAGGCUGUUGGGUCCAACAACCUCUCCGCCCUUCUCCAGCUCCGCUUCACCCUUUGCAGCUGCAGCAAGAGCCAGGAGUGCGACUACGGCAACACCGUCACCCUCGGGGGGUCCUCCCUGCAGCUGGCAGCCUGCAGGUGCGAAGGAGGCUACUCGGGUCCCUUCUGCCAGGACCCCCCGGACCCCUGCGCCCAGGGAUGCUUCCCCGGCGUGGGCUGCGACUCGCACACCGGCUGCGGCUCCUGCCCGGCCGGCCUGACCGGCGACGGGCGGCACUGCUCAGAUAUCGAUGAGUGCGCGCAGGGGACGGCGUGCCCGGGGAACACCACCUGCACCAACGUGGUGGGCAGCUACGCCUGCUCCUGCCCGGCUGGCGAGGAGAGCGAGGGGCCAGGCUGUGGCUCACCCUGUGGCUCCCGCUCCUGCCCCGAGGGCUACUGCAACAACGGGGGACGCUGCCGCCUGCACCCCAUCACCUGCACCCCCACCUGCGCCUGCCCCCCGGCUUUCACUGACCAACGCUGCCUGGUGGCGGGGGGGGAUUUUCGGCCGCUGCCCAGCACAGAUCUCCCCCGGAGAAGUGUCCAGCUGCGAGUCAGGACACUGCAAAACGCCACUGCCGAGGAAGUCAACAGCACCGUCUCAGCCAUCCUGGGUUCCCUGGAGGUAAAGGCUUUCCAGUGCAACACCAACAUCACCCAGACGACAGACGGUGAUGGCUUCACCUUCGAAGUGGUGUCCAAGUUUGCCUAUGACAGCCGCGGCACCGUCAUCCGUUUCCUGAACGAGGAGCUGCCGGGGGCCAUCACGGGCGCCUUCAACGGGCGGCGGGGGCGGCGGGAGGCAGAUGCGCACCUCCGCUUCCAGCGCCUGCACCGGGACAACAUCACGGACCUGGUGAAGCUGACAGUGGCUGAGCUGAGGCGUUAUUUUCCCUGUGGUUCGUACGGCUACAAAGGCUACCGGCUCCACUACGUGGGGACCAUCGGCUUCAUCUGCACCUCCCCUUGCAAGCAGGGCUACUGCCAGCACGGCGGCCAGUGCCAACACCUACCCGAGGGGCCCACGUGCAGCUGCCUCCCCUUCUCCAUCUUCUCCCCUGCCGGCGCCCGGUGCGAGUGGCUGGCCGUCAGCCUCGCCGCCUUCCUUGGCAUCUUGCUGGGAGCCCUGGUUCUGCUCUGCCUCCUGCUCACCGUCGCCUGCCUGGCCUUGCGCCUCUGCCGCCGGCACCGGGGGGCCAAGGAGACCUUCUGGAGGCCACGGUCCUUCUCCUCUCUGAUGAUGGAAGGAGAGCAAGCAGAGCCCACCCACUCCCCAGAAAGGCACUGGAAACCACAUCUCCAAGCCAUCGACCCCUCAGUCCAGAUAAGGAUCCAGAGACCCCACGUCAGGCCUCCGAGCCAGCCCCCCCAGCAGCCCUAGCCUGGCACCGGUCCUGCCCCGGCACCUCCGGGCUUGCGGAGGAGCCAGCCGCUGCGGCCGGCCCCGGGAACGGCACCUGCAUGGAGGCACAGGACGGGCAGCUGCCUUUUGGGGUCUGGUCUUUGUGGGAGGAUUCACUCUGGAGGAGGUGCAUUUUUUUGAAUGAAAAAUGGGGGCUUAUGUUGGGUGGCCAAAGCAAGAGGAUUUCACCUUCCCCUGAGGACCUGCAGGGACAAACGGGAUAGUCCUUGAGUGUGUCUGCACCAGGCUGCAAUGUCCUAGUGCAAUGUAACUGGACCCCACCGAGCCGCUGAUAGCAGAGUCGGGUGGGGCAAUGCAGCGAUUAUAACCCAUUAGGAACAAAAUAGAAUAAACCAAAAAUUACAGCAUGCUGCUGAGCAAGUUUCCUGCACCCCAUGGUGCCCAUGCGCCAGCCCUGCACCCCUGUCGCCAAGCUCUCCAGUCCCUGAUUUCUGCUGGUCCUACCCACAGGGCCAAAGAGAAGAUGGGUGUAGCUUUUUUUGUUGCUGCAUCCCCUCAUUUGCCCUACAAAGCCUCAAGUCUCCCUCACUGCUCUCCCUGGGCACCCCUCACAGCAGCUCAGAUCAUACAGGGCAGGCUGUGGACCCCUCAAACACCCCGCAGCUUUGUCCCUGCUGAGGGAAGAUGCUGAGCCCAAGGAGGGUGCGACAGCCCCCGGCAGCCCGCAGCUCCAGCCCUGCUGCCCCAGAGCCUGGCUCAGCCACAGCCCAGACGCUUGCAUCCCCA